ACCCUUCGAUUCGCUCCUCAACGAAGUCUCUGCUGCCUCGGCCACCGCAGCAGCGUGGGCGUGGCCCUUCUCCGCCGCGGCUGACGGGGCGUCGUCAUCCCGGCUCUCCCGCGCGGUGGCGGCGGGCGUCUCCUGCGGCCCUCCUGCCGCGCGCAGCCACACUGAAGUUUUUUCCGAGAACAAGCAAGAGCUUCGCGCAUUUUUACAUUAAAGGAGAAAUUGCAGCUCAAGUGAACAACAGCUAAGGGAACAAUGGCACUAUCACGUAGUAUGAGAACAUGUUUGCACAGUGGAAGACUUGCCCUUCUUGCGAUAUUGGUCUCUGGUGGAAUUGUGUUGCAAAUUUUGGCUUGUGCUCUAUAUAAUAACUGGUGGCCAAUGUUGACAGUUCUGAUGUAUCUUAUACUACCAAUGCCCCUCAUAUUUUUCCUGGGUUCUGAUACUUCCUCGAUGAUGUCUAAUGAGGGAGAUGGUUGGGUGAACUUCACAAAAUUCUUGACGGGCGCAUCGAUAGUGGGGAGCAUCGCCAUUCCGUCGAUCCUAAAGCAUGCUGGUGUCAUUGGAUGGGGGGCCCUCACGAUGGAGCUGUCAUCCUUCCUGGUCUUUGGCGUGGCAAUCCUGUGGUUUCUUCAGAUGAACGGUGAAGAUGAGCACAGUGGUGUGUUCUAAUUCGAACCUGCUCAUUCUCCUGUCUGCAUGAUACCUUCGCAAAAUAGUUGUGAACUUGUUUGUACAGCUACAGUCGAAGCAUUGCCCUUGUUUGAACUUGUUUAGUAAAGUGAACUUGUUCGAUUGGA